GGGAGAGAAAAAAAGCUUGAGUAUCGAUCUUUUUACACGAGGAUCAUUCAGUAUCAAUACCAGCGUUGGUAUUGAUAUUAUUGAUAUUAAGAUCAAUCCGCCCACCUCUAGGGAGCACUGCUCUUGCUUGUUUGUGUGAUCAAUAAGAACUUAACUUGAAAUGGCAAAACUCUGUGCUCUAUCAUUAAGAACAAUACAUUUAAAAAAUUGAAAUAACAUGACAGAAUUCAGCCAUGAAUACAGAAUUCCACCAAACUGCCAAAUACAAUACCAGAAGGAUUUUGACAAAAGUAAUAGGCUUAAUUCUGAAAAUGUGCUUAUUUUUCAUCUUUGAGGUGUUGGUGUAGGCUACUUAAUUGUUUCCAAAUGACAGAAGAACUGUUUAGGUCAGAGUUGCUGAGAUUAUUUCCUUUGAGGAGCCAUGAAUUAAUCCCAAACUAAGGCCAACCAAUGUUGGUUUUGCAUGAAUUGGAUACAUGCAAUUAUAUUACAAUGAAAUGUUAUUUUGUAGAAAAUUAACAUUCUAAAUUUAGCAAAAAUUCCUGAAUAAUACACAAAACUUUGAACUAAUUUAUUACUGUUAUUAAAUUAUUGUUGUUGGGAAGCAGUGGCAUUUUUGUAUAUAAUAAUGUUAAAAAAUACGUUUAAUCUCAAAGUGAAAGGAAAUUAAGUGAAAGAAUAAAUUGAAAGAAAAUACUAAACUAAAACCGGUUAAUUAAAGACGUUUAUUUGAGUUUUUGUUUUUGUUAUUUUCGAUAAAGUUUUCACUUAUGUUUGUUUGUUUUUUAUUAUGAAUUGCAUUUUGACGUCAAAAGAAAAAAGUUCGAAUUCACUCAGAGUUUUCCAACCCGUCUGCCGGUUGUCGUGUCAGAUCCCGGUUUUGUUUUUGUUUUGCUUUUUGUUUUGGUUGUUUUUUUUGUUGUUGUUGCUUUUGUUUUGUUUUGUUUUUGGACCACUUUAAUCACCGGAAGCAGUGUUCACUGCGUCCCGGUGUCAGGGACGCGCCGUGCGCGCUCCCGUGUCCCGAUCAGGACACGAAGGGGUAAAUUCGUGUUGGUUUGAACCCACGAUAUCGUGAUCGUGAUGAUGAUGAUGGCGGUGCUGCUGCGGAACGGAGCCGAGGGCCGAUUCAAACUGCGCCAUGAAUGACAGGUACCACAGGGCGGCCCGGGACGGAUACCUGGACCUGCUGAAGGAGGCCACUCGGAAGGACCUGAACGCCCGUGAUGAGGAUGGAAUGACACCGACGCUGUGGGCGGCUUACCACGGGAACCUGGAGGCUCUGCGGCUGAUCGUCGGCAGGGGAGGGAACCCUGACCAGUGUGAUAUGUGGGGGAACACGCCACUCCAUCUAGCAGCUGCCAAUGGUCACCUUAACUGCCUUUUCUUCCUGGUGUCUUUUGGUGCCAACAUAUGGUGUCUGGACAACGACUACCACACGCCAUUGGACAUGGCUGCCACAAAGAAUCACAUGGACUGUGUCCGCUACCUGGAUUCCAUUGCUGUCAAGCAGACGGGUCUCAACUCCAAGCUGGUCAGCAAGUUGAAGGACAGGGCGUUCCAUGAGGCUGAGCGGCGAAUAAAAGAGUGCAUGAAGCUGCAGAAGAAGCACCGUAAACGUAUGGAGCGGAAGUUUCAGAAGGAGGCGUCUGAAGCUUCUGUAUCAGACGUUGUCAGUUUUUCCAGUUACAGCAGCAGCUCUCUUAGCCACAAGUUGCACAACUUCAAUGCAGCCACUGUCAGCGUGCCAUAUUCUCAGGCUACUCUCCAUGCCACAAACCGAGGGAAGACAAAAAUCCAGAAGAAGCUGGAGAGGAGAAAACAAGGAGAUGGGACCUUUAAAAUCUAUGAGGAUGGGAGGAAAAGCGUGCGCUCCCUGUCUGGCCUUCAGCUGGGAAAUGAUGUCAUGUUUGUCAAACAGGGGACUUACGUGAACCCAAAGGACCGCCGUAACAUUCGCCACAUGUUUUCUGGAGACAAUGAUGAUGCCAUUUCACGUGCCAUGAGUGAACCGGACCUCCACGGUCCUGAUGUGGACUAUUCUGAGAUCAGCACGGACUCAGGACAUGAUUCCUUGUUCAACCGUCCAGGUCUUGGCACUAUGGUUUUUAGGAGGAACUAUGUCAGUGGGGGGAUGUUUGACCUUGCUGGACGAGAUGAAGCCAGUGUGGACCGGACCAGCAAUACUGUGCGUUUGAGCAGUAGGCUGCAGCAGUACCCAAAUAUAGAUGAAGAUAGCAUCGGCAGUGCACGCAGCCUGCAGGAGAGAAACAUCCAGGAGCUACCGUGGGAAGAGAUAGAAUUAGGGCUUGAUGAUGAUGAUGAGCCAGAGACGAGCCCUCUGGAAGUUUUCUUGGCCACGCAGAGCAUAAGCGACUUUUUAACCAUCUUCAGGAGGGAGAAAAUUGAUUUGGAAGCACUAUUGCUGUGCUCUGACCAUGACCUGAAGAGCAUCCACAUCCCCUUAGGACCAAGGAAAAAGAUCUUAGAUGCCUGUAAGAGACACUUGGAGACCAUAGAAGACCCCGACUGUAUUGAAGACACAGAACUAUAGUUGUUGGUGAUCAUCUGUGCGGUCAUCAGUGCACCAAAAUGGAUUGAAUGUCACGUAUGAACAAGAAGGAAUUUUUCGUUUACCUCUCCUGGUAACUCCUGGACACCCAAGGUGAAUGUCAACCAACUCAUGAUGAACCUGAAAGAUUUGAUUGUGGGGACGCCCGGUGUCUCCUGAACAUGUUCACCCCUGUGGGGUAAAUUCUACCACUUCAUGUGCCUGCAUUGCCUGUGCCUGUACAUUAGUUUAAAUCCAUUUUGUUGUACAUGUUUUCGAUAUUGAUUUCAACAUUUACAUCAGUGAUGCUUUUGUAAAUUUCAAUAUUUUUUUCUCAAUCACUGACAGUGCCGGCCAAUUGUUUGUCACAUUCCUGAACAAAAACAUUUAAUUGUGUUGUAAUUUAUAGUAGAUUAAACUUUAUACAAAUGUGAAUUGUCUGAAAAUGUUCACAUAUACAGCAUUAUGAUGAAAGUCUUACAACAGUUUGCGUUUUCAGUAGUUUUUAAUUUAAUGUGAACCUUGAAUGAAUGAAUGAAAACUGUUUAUUUCGAACAUUUGAUACAACAACAAUUACAAGAUAGAUCAGUAAAGACAACAACAAAAAGUUACUACUGUGUACCCAACA